CUGCUCUCCCUCGGGCGGUCCCCGACUCCUUUCUUCAUGGCGUCGCUCCUGUGCUGUGGGCCCAAACUGGCCGCCUGCGGCAUCGUCCUCAGCGCCUGGGGAGUGAUCAUGUUGAUAAUGCUCGGAAUAUUCUUCAAUGUCCAUUCCGCUGUGUUAAUUGAGGACGUUCCCUUCACGGAGAAAGAUUUUGAGAACGGACCUCAGAACAUAUACAACCUCUAUGAGCAAGUCAGCUACAACUGCUUCAUCGCCGCGGGCCUUUACCUCCUCCUGGGAGGCUUCUCUUUCUGUCAAGUUCGGCUCAAUAAGCGCAAGGAAUACAUGGUGCGCUAGUGUACUGGUUGCCUUUACCCUCUCCAGCCCCCUCCGCUAUUUAAAGUCUCCCUGACCCGCAUCUGGGCUGCCCCACCCAUUCUGGCGUCCUCUGCUGGAUUUCCACGGCGAGAGACUGAAUCCCUGGUUCUCCAGUCUUUACCGUCCGGCCCAAGUCCAGGGAGCUCGGGCUGCCGCUCCCUGUCUCCCCAGCCCCCCUGGCCAUGUCCCGAUCCACAAUAAAGAGAACCAGCUCUCUUAA